AUGUCCAACUCGUGCGACGUGUGCUCCAACACUAACCACCCACUUCCCACCGUGGUAACUUCUUUUUCUGACCACCAUACCUCUCAGUUCUGUGCUAUCAGCACCGUCGGAAUCGCGGCGACCGGCUUUGCUCUCGGUCGCGUAGAUCGAGAUGUCCCCAAACCGGGUCGGUUCCGCAAAAAGACCUCCCCUUCGCAUGAUCAGUGCGCACGCGCGACAACAGACGAACCCCUUUCGCCGCUAUCCGACACCGUGCAGUCACCCCCCUUCCAAUCCAUCGCGUCCCCAGAGAGCGCACAACCGCCAAGCAGGAAACCGUCCGUUGUAAAUCGAGAGGGUCCUCACAAUGGAGACGCUGCUGAAGCACCCGCGUCACGCCGAAAGUCUUCCCUUGCGGGCAUAAUAUUGCGUCGUCGCGGACAGACUUUAUCAAUCCCCCCACCUCGAGCUCCGGAGGAUGCUUCCGCCCCGUCGCCGUCGCAUUUCCGGCGUCCAUCUUCUUCCUGGGUGCGACGACUCUCGUUCCAGCCGGAGAACCGUUGGUCCUGUCAAAGUCCGGUGUCCCCAUCGUUCCAAGCCGGCACGGGUUCCAUCAACCCGCGCCCCGCAAGCCAACGUCGCGCACCAAACAAGCUGGUCAAACGGCCUCCCUCCCAGCACUUGAACGACUCUACCUCCGGCUCGGCGCCCCCCUCCCCAUCCAUACCAGGGAUUUUGCGACGACCAGCUACCAGCUAUCAGCGGUCAGAAACUCAAAAACACAAAGCAACUCACAGCCUCAAUUUUGAACCUAGCUUGAUAACCUCCCUCCCGACCACCGCUUCCCAGUCCGACUAUCCCCUCGAUAAGGAAGUUUGGCAGCCAUAUCUGAAAUCCGUUUUCGACGAGCUAUCCGACAGGUGGUCGCGCAGGUUUUCAACUGCCACGAGGCCCAUGGAUGGAGACGCUAGCUUGGAGGCAUCAGCUCUGGCGUCUCCUGUCCAGUUCCGCGAUCCAUUCAAGUCCUCCGGCGCCGCGCUUGACGAGGAUAAAAAUAACCCCCAGGACAACAAAGAACGCCCACUCACUCAACAAACCGAGGCAGAUCCCAAAGCACCAACCGCAAGCAUAGCCCCUACAGACACCGGAAUAAUCGCCGACUCUACCCUUUCACGCCCGAAACGAAGGGCGAUUUCAACCCCCUUGCCUAGCGCACCCAAAUCGGAAGGACCUAUCCUCGUUCCUUCCCGACCAAAUGAACGGCGCAACAUCACAGACCCCAAUGUUUUCCGCCGACCCUCGGCCUUGUUGCAUUCAGAAGCACCUAUGCCGCUCCGUGGGAGGAUCGCGCCGCGACAAAGAAUCAUCCCCUCGUACUCGCGUAUGGAUAUGGGCCAGACUUGGCGACCGCUGAGUUCGGAUACUGCCGCGAUGUCCUCGUUCCACGGUUCGAUUCGGCUGCGCCCUAAAAGACACUCGAUUGCCGCAUCGGACCCCGCUUCCACUAUCAUUGGGUCUGACGACACCCGUAUCUUCACAUCCGGAGACGAAGAUGAGGACGAUUUCUUGAGCGACACCGCUUUUGACUCUAUUCGCACCAAUCUCACUGUCAAUAGUAGUUUGGGCCUCCGCACUCCUCGGAUCGAGACGAUAUUUGACCAGGACUUCUCGUUCGGCUUUGGGGAUGAGAAACCGCUGAAUGCGGCAAAUCUGAGCACCUUCGAAUCUCGACAGAAUAAAAGCGACUUGUACCCGCAGUCCGGCGCAAAUCCGAUUUCUGCUUCACUUGAGCCUCGUGAGGACCAAGAUAUCCAAGAAGAGGAUAGUAGGAUCUCGUUUCCAUCGGAUCUUACCGAUGAGGAAGACAACCGCAGCCUUCUUGCGGCUCUGCCGAGUGAAUCAAACGGAUACCUGGGGCGCUCCCAUGCGUCACUACAGAACCAUGGACCCGCAGAACGUGACGUCUUAUUCUCGUACCAGAGACCCGAGAUUCCUCUGGACUUGAAGGAUUCCGACUCACGCAGCUUCGCAACAGAAGCUUGCGAUGCGUGCCCCAAGUCGAACAUAUUCGACUGGUCUGAGCAGCCCAAAAAUGAUCGCGAGAAUUCCGGCACCGAUGGGCGUCCUCGCACGGCGGUUAACGGGAAGCAUGGCCCUGACGCCCGGGGCAGCCGUCCGCCAAUGCGCAGGGCGCCAACAACCUUGCAUCUCCGAAGUCAGAGUGUUCCUGUGGCAAGGGAGUCAGCUGUCGCCAACGAAACGCGCCAGACAUCCGGCAAAUUUGGCACAUGGGGUCUAGGCAGUAAAGGCGUCAGUGAAGACUGGGAUAGCGACUUUGAGUUCGAGGAUGCAGAUGAUAGCGCCAUCAGCGAGAAUCUAAAGCCGAACAAGACGGUUCCUUCGCGUGGCAUGAUUGUGCCUCAAGCGAUCAUGGAGAGGCAGGCCAGUCUCCACGGUCAGUUUGGGCAAGUGCAAGAAUUGACGUUACUUGUGGAGGAGCUUAAGCGUCUUCGACACCAAGGGAGCUUCCUAGGGGUUGUGCGUGGUCCGUCCAGUGAACUAUGGAAGGAGGCAGAGGGCAUUGUCAAUCUGGCGACACUGGACGAUGGGGACCACGACCAUUCCCCUCCAGGAUCGCCGUCAUCGCUCACCUUUAGCUUCGACGACUCCGAAGGCGAAUCUUCGAACGAUCCCUCCAAGCGGGUCAGUGGAGGGUCAUGGCAUGGUUCUCUCUCGGAGCAGUUCAAUGCGAGUCCGACGACCCCUGGACCCGAGAUCAAAGAAGACUCCUCGAAACCAAAUUCUGUGUUGGAUCUGAUCUAUCAACAACGCGCCUCCCACGACCCCACCCUCAUGAGCUCUCAUCUUGCAAGGUCGAAGAAGCUCCCUUUCGACACCCAGUCACUACGAGAUCUCGUGGUUCGAGCGGGCGUUGUGACUCGUGCGCUGAAAGAAGUAGUUCGCAAGGCGGAAGGCGUUACAACCGACGCCGACGAAAAGAAGCCUCCCUCCGAUCCGCCCUUCCGUCGCAUCUUUGACCAACCGUCCUCGUCCGAUAAUUUCCCUCCCAUAGAAACUCGCUGCAUUGCAUGA